AUCCUCAUCCUCCUCCUCCUCCUCUUCCUCCUCGCGGCGUGAGGUUCACGUGGAGAUCGGAGAUCGUCAUAGCCACGGAGAAACCCCCCCCCCCCCCCCGCCAGUCAGUUCCCGGUAAACUUCGCUCCGUUAGCAUCGUUAGCUUCAACCCGAAACAUGGCUACGCUGGUUCUGGAGGACGGCUCGACGUUCAGGGGCCGCAUGUUCGGAGCCGACGUGUCCGUGUCCGGGGAAGUUGUGUUUCAGACAGGUAUGGUGGGCUACCCCGAGGCUCUGACCGACCCAUCCUACCGCUGCCAGCUGCUGACCCUCACUUACCCCUUGGUUGGCAACUACGGGGUGCCGAAGGACGAGGAUGGAGACUUUGGACUGAGCAAGUGGUUUGAGUCGUCUAAGAUCCACGCCGCAGCUCUGAUUAUCGGAGAGCUGGCGGACAGUCCGAGUCACUGGAGUUCAGUCAAGUCACUGGACCAGUGGCUCAAAGAGCAAGGCAUCCCUGGAAUACAAGGGAUCGACACCCGCCGCCUGACCAAAAGGAUCCGAGAGAAAGGCACCAUGUUGGGGAAGCUGGUGAUGGACGGGACUCCUGAGGACAGUAUUCCCCUGGACAACCCUGACAACAGGAACCUGGUCCAGGAGGUCUCCAUGAAGGAGCCCAGAGUGUUUAACCCCAGUGGUAGUCUGCGAAUCACAGUGGUGGACUGCGGCAUCAAAUACAACCAGAUCCGCUGUCUGGCUGAGAGAGGCGCCCGAGUCACUGUCGUGCCCUGGAACCACCCGUUGGACAGCACAGAAUUUGAUGGUUUGUUCAUCAGUAACGGCCCCGGGGAUCCUCAGCUCUGUCAGGCCACGAUCAAAAACAUGAGGAAGGUCAUCUGCGUGGAUCACCCCAAGCCAGUUUUCGGGAUCUGUCUCGGACACCAGCUGCUCUCUUUGGUCAUCGGAGCGAAGACGUACAAGAUGAAGUCAGUACCUCGAACACGACUCUGUUAAUUGAGACCUAAGGUG